AUGGGUGCGUUUGGAUUCUAUGCCUGUCUGAACUUCAUUGCACUUAACUUGAUCUUCCGCUUCAUGCCCGAGACCAAGUGGCGCUCCCUUGAGGAAAUCGACUAUGUGUUUGGAGUGCCGAUAAGAACGCACGCCAAACCCCAGCUGACCAAGGUUCUGCCGUGGUGGGUUAACUGGUACAUUUUCAUGGACGAGGGAUGCAGAUUGCUCUUAACUGUACCAUGA